UAAUUUUUUCGAAAAUAGAGAGGAUAUUUAUGUUGAUUAAAUAAUAAAUUAAUGUUUUCUGGGUCCUCUCCCCAAUGGAUAACUUCACCCUCUUCACGUGGAAAAUCUCUUGAUAAAUUUAGUAUUGACACAUCUCGUGCAAAAAGUAAUGCCCCAGUUGUUUCUUUUUGUGCCCGUCAAUUAGGUUUGAAGGAAUUUACAGAGCCUAGAGACGAUGGGCAUCCUUGUGAUAUUUAUUGGCAUAGUAUUGUCUUUCCUGAUAUGAAUUCUGUUGUUAAAUCUGGUGCUCGAGUAAAUAAAUUUCCAGGCAAAUUUUAUUUGAAUGUCAAAAAUAUUUUUUAA